CGCGAGAAGGACAGGGGGGGAGACAGUUGCUGGGAUAGCCAAUCGUGUGGGAUUUGUGCUCUUGCGUUAAUCAAUCCCGAUUUUUUUUAACCACGCCCUGCGGCGUGUUCCUUUGUGUGUAUGUGGCACGCGCAACAUAAACUACAGUAAAGAGUCCUCAGAGUUCGUGACCGUAGAGAUAUACAGGGUAGGUUAGCACUUCUUGUUAAUCCUGCAGAGACGUGGAAUUUGCAUUGCAGCCAAGUACGAUGUUUACAAUGGGAAGAUUAGGGCUGUAAAUACACUUCAGAAUUCAUAUUCAGUUUCGUAUCAGAUUGACUGAUAUUGAUGCAACGCUAUGCGAUUCUGGGAUUUGCACUUUGGUGAGCCACCAGUCCCUUGAGGCAGAGAAGGUUUAAAGGCAUUGUAAAAUUGGCAGUCUUAUGAUGCCAAAGCACUGAAUCAUGGUAGUUAAAGCGUCAGACUGCAUUAACUCUACAGUGAUCAGGCAUGGGCAAACUUGUGCCUUCUAGCUGUUUUGGACUUCAACUCCCACCAUUCCUGACGGCCUCAGGCCCUGGUGUAGAUACACCCUGAGAUAAAGGGAUUGUUAUGGUGUCCUUGUAGCAGCUUUGGAUGUCCUUUUAAGGGAGAAAGGUGUUUCUCGUGGUUGCUAAAAAUGCAAAACUGCCAUAAACAGGCCCAUAAGUAUUUUACAUACACACACACACACAUAUCAUAGCUGAGCUGCAAGACCAAGAAUAAGUCAAAAGAUCUGGCUAUGGUGACACAACCUGAUGCUUCCACCAGCAACAUAAUUGAGUUGGAGAGGGCUAUCACAGCACAGUGGUGAAUCCUGGGGUAAGUUUUGGAAGCUGAGGAAGGAAGAAGACAAAACCAGCUUUCACAAUCCCCCCCACCCACCAAAAAAAAAAAAAUACAUAUGAGCAUCAGGUGGAUUUAUGCAUGCAAAUGUCACAGACACAAACAAGUUCCUGGAUCACCUUGACAGCAUCUACCCAAACAUCCAAUUCACCAUGGAAAAAGAAAACAAAGGAAAACUGCAAUUUCUAGAUGUUCUCGACAUCCGCAAACCCACUCAAUAAUUGGGCCACACAGUUUACAGAAAACUUACACACAUGGAUAAAUACCUUCAUAAAAACUCCAACAAUCACCCAAGUAAAAAAAGAAGCACAAUCAUAGCUCUGACAGACCGUGCAAAAAGAAUCUGCGGACCCCACCUCCUCCAAGGUGAACUAAACCACCUAAACAGGCCAAUGGAUGCUCCACCACUAACAUCAGAAGAGCUACAAGGCCAAGAACAAGCCAUGAGAGUAAAGACAAAGAUCCACCCAGAGGAAAAGUGUUCUUACUGUACAUCAAGGGAACCACUGGUCACAUAGGGAAGCUGAUGGAGCUGAUGAAGAAACACAACCUACAAACUAUCUACAGACCCACAAAGAAAAUCCAACCAGCAAAAGACAAGAAGGAUCCUCUCACCUCUGCAGGAGUCUACUGUAUACCAUGCAGCUGUGGACAAGUCUACAUAGGGACUACCAAACGCAGCAUUGCCCAAACACGAAUAAAGGAACAUGAAAGGCACUGCAGACUAACUCAACCAGGGAAGUCAGCCAUAGCAGAGCACUUGAUGAAGCAACCUGGACACAGCUCACUCAUCGCCCCUUCCCCAAACUAGUCAAUCUCUAGUCACCCCGAAUCCCUCUGUCACCCUCCAGUCCCCUCAGAAAUCCCAAGGUCUCAAAAACACCAUAUUUUUCUUUAUUUUCCCCUCUUCAUUCAUUCUCCAUAUUGUCUUGUCCUUAGAUUACCUGACCUACUAACCCAGAAACUGCGUUCACCUUACCCGCGGAUACCGAGAUCUGUCGUUACUCCCUUGGUAUCCAUGGAUCAUUGCCCUAUGCUUCCCCUUCGACCCCCGAGCCCCCAUAUGAGACCCCCGAACCCCCUUAUCCAACCCCCUGCUCCAUAGGUGUCCCAGUUCCCCUGAGAGAGCCUCCAUAUUUGCCAAUUUCUACUUUUUCCUUUUUGACCAUGUAUUCUCUUCAUCAUAAUUCCCUUGCAUGCAGCCCAAUACCAAUCCCAUAAUCCAUACCGACACUAGCUCCCAUGGAUACUGAAACCUGCUGGGGUUCCUCCGGUAUCUGACAGUUUCUUCUGUUUUUUCCCCUUCCCCAUGGGUCUCAGACAACUUAUCUUUUGGGUUCUCUCGCUAUCCACAGAUCUAAUAUCUUUUCCUUUUUAUAUUUUUAAAUGUCUUUUUUAUACUUUAGCUUCUCCGCCAUGGGUGCCCAGGGUCUCCGCAGGGUCGGGUCCCCCUUGACAUCCAUAUGUCCUUAGCCCCAUGGGUAUUGGGCCUCUGCGAGGUCGUGUCCCCCCACUAUCCGCGGGACUCCUUUUGUGUGUUUUAUUAAUAUUUCUAUAUUUUAUGUUUUACUAUAAACCAUUGGAGACUGAAGUCACUCAGAGUGAUCUUGGUGACCUUUUGUCAGCAUUCCUUGACCUGGGAAUUCCUUCCAGCUGUUUUCCCAGUCAUCAUCUCUUAAUGAUGUACUCAGUCAUCUAUCAUCUGUGAUCCAUAGACUGUGCAAAGACAACAGCCUUCGGAGUUGGAUCACCUGUUUAUUGUGCAACUACUUGGACAUUUCAAAAGACACUCAUCAACUUGGCAUGACAGUUCCUGUGGUGGAGAGGAUCAUGCCCUGUUUUCCACAAUGACAUUUCCCCUUUCCAAGUAAUGGAUUCAUAAUCCCAUCAUCUUUGAUAAUAUUUGCAGUUGGAAAUACAAAGGACACUGGUUCAGAGUAAUCAGCCUGUGGGAUCUGGGUUCAUGAUAUCAAUCUCCAAAGACAAUAAAAUCCAGGGGACUUGAUAUUCCCCACUGUUCGUUCCUAAGUUGGGACAAGGUUUUGUUCCCAUGUCAGAAGUGACUUGAGACACUGCAAGUUGCUUCUGGUGUGAGAGAAUUGGUUGUUUGGAGGGACGUUGCCAAGGGGACGCCCGGAUGUUUGAUGUUUUACCAUCCUGUGGGAGGCUUCUUUCAUGUCUCUUGGGACAAAGUAAUCCACUCACAACCCAUUUCAGCACCUUUGUCUCCUGGACUCUCUCACCCUGCUUCAGCCAUUGGACUGAGGGAAAUCUACAUUGGAGGCAAGGAACCUUUUCCCAUUGGCCGACAGGUGCCGCAGUCCUGCCUCUGCAAGGAGUCCUUUCUGACGUCAUCUGGGCUUGGCCAAUCACGGCAAGGUUGGGUCCAGCUGAGAGGGAGUGGGAAAUUCAAACAAAUUAUAUAAAAAUGUCUGGUUUUGCUAUGUAUGGUAUCUCAUCUUAUUUUGGCAGAUUAUUUGAAGCUGACUGAAUACCUCAAUGGCUUCUUCUUCAACUUGGUGAGCUUUAUUUAGAAACAUUAGGCUUCUCACUCGCCAGGUGCAUGGACUCACAAGGACGGCUGAUCACUGAUGCCGGUUGUCACUUAUCGGACUCGGUAUCCAUGCCUCAGGUUCUGGUAUCAGUGACUCGGAUCUCACUAUCUGCGGCUGUUUUACAUUUCUCUAUUUCACUGGGAAAGAAAGGUGACGUGUGUGUUUGGGGAAGGGAGGCAGGAAGGAAAGAGCCACAAAGUUCUCUAGGAGGCAUUGUGAGGCCCUCUUAGGGCUAUAGAAGGGAGAAAUGGGAGGGGAAGAAAAAGAAGAGAAAAAGAAGGGAAAGGAGAAGGGAGGGAGGGAUAGAAGGAAGAGAAAGAAAAGGGAGAAAGGUAUGAGGAGAGGGAAAGAAAGAAGGGAUGACAGCAGAAGGCUGUACCCCUUCUGACACCCAAGCAAUGCUGGAUAGAUAUGCUACCUGACCAUAUAACACAGUUUCAAACUCCUUUAUAUGGCAGUGUAGAUCCAGCCAAAGUCUUUAUCAGUCCAUGAUGUCUUAGAAUAAUGCAUGGCUCAAACUUUGGUUGUCCUCCAGUGCUGCUAAUCAUCAGAAGUUGCCGGAAAGCCUGGUCUCAUGAGUCACUUCCUUCCUAAUUGCCAUGUGUGUUAUAGAGCCCCUUGAGACAUACAGCAGUUUUGUGUAUGCCUUCUUCACAGAGCUGGGUUAAAGGGUGUUUCUGUGCCAGCUACUUCACAAGCACUAGGUUGACUUUGAACCCUACCAAGAAAUAUGAAUGACAGGUACACAAUGUGUUCUAUGUUAUCUGUCCCCUGUCUUUGCCUUUAGUAGAUUGCAACCAUAACCAUGUCCAAAAAUACUAAAGUUUUGGCAAGAGGUUUUCAUCUGAAUAAGCUUUGUAAUAUGAGAAAAAUCAUUUAUAGAGGUAUAUUACUGCUUCUCUCAUUAUAUGAGGACAAAAAUAAGAACCUACCAAGCCAAGACUUCAUGGUAUUUCUAGUCUGUGCUGCAAAGAUAGAAAUAGUAAAAGCAUGGGAGGAGGAAAUAUAAAAUGUAUCAAUACAGAAUAGGAUGAACAGAAUAUGGGCCAUAGAGCACCCUGUGUAUUUUUCCUCUUGUUUCCUACAAUAAACUACAUAAACUAAUGUACUCUAGUCUGCUAUAGAUAUCAAAGAUUCCUAAACUCCCUAUCUUUCUUUUUCUCUGUGUCAAAUAUUUCUAAACUAUAUUUCUGGUUUUGGUUCCACUGUCAAAUUUGUAUACUGCACAGAACUCUCCCCAGAUGUUUCAACAGCACUGGAAUGAAAUAUUUUUUCAAACAUCCCAAGGUGGAGGACAGCUAGUGCUACUCUGUUCUCUCAUGUUUAUUUAUUCCCUGACACAUUUGAAGAUCUAGCAAUCCAGAACGUCUUCAAUUGAUUUUCAGAAUCACCACUACUUUCUUCUUCCUUUAGUUCCUUCUAGUUCUCUUUUCUGAGAAUUAAUUAUUCAAUUAAUUUAUUUCCUCUCUCAUACUCACUAUCACUGGUCAAGUGAUUUUUGUUCUUAGGCAACAUUUCUUGAAGUCGUUCAUGAACUUAGUGGUUAUUAUGUCUGGCCCUGCCACUUUCUAAUGCUACAGAUUUUGUAAAUAUCAGUAAGAGUAAAUGAUAAAAGCAUACUUGUUGGCUGAUGAAGUUUACAAGAUACUGAAAUUUCCAUUUGGAGGAAUUCCUGUGUCUCAAGUGGAGAGCUUGCCUGCAUGAAGGGUCAUUUCAUUUAAUUCCCUUUUGUCUUUCAUGUGAUAAGUAGAUACUGCAAAGACAAACUCAAUGACAUGUGAAAUGUUUGAAUAUUUAGUAUUGUUGAAUCUACAUAGGCAAGAAAAUGUGGAUUUGCCUCAAAUCCACUGCUGGAUAUCCCUAUGAUGUUUGCUGACUUCUGGUGAGUAAUUCAAGUUUUCUUGCUAUACUCAGACUUUGGUCCCUUUUUGGCAAAGUCAAGGGAUGUUCUUGGUCAGAAAACCCCUAAAUGUUGGCUCUCAUGUAGAGGUAUAAGCUAGCAUCCUUUACUGGAGUUGGAACCCCAUGGAGACUAACUUAUUGAGAGAGGGAAGGAGUGACAUUAACAGGUAUGAAGGAAGCAUGCGACUUGAGUACAGAGACCAAAUAAAGAUACAGAAAAGGGUGUCAAAGGUCAGACGCCAACUGAGAGCCAAAAUAUAGUUUAUUAAAGUAAUAGUCCAAAAAUAGUUCAGUAAAUUAACAGAGACUUGAAACACUUAAUCUUCAGUGUUAUCUGGCAGUAAAAGCAGUAAAAGCGCCAAAAGCAUUAAUUGGCAUAUAAUCCGGAUUAACCAGAGAUAUAAUCCGGAUUUAACAUAGAAUACUUACUCAGCCCAAAAGCUCAAAACGGGCUUAAAAUGGCAAAACAAACAAAGACAGUUAUGAAGCCCGAAAAACUUUCCCAAAACCCAGAAGUACAACAGCGAUUCCAAACUGAAACAAGAACCCAAACCAGGCUAAAAAGCUCUUUGCUGUGAGCGGCAAAAACAAGCGAAACUGGAAGACGCUGAAGAGUUAGCGGCAAACCGCUGCAGAGACAAACGCCGAGCCAGGAAUUAAAGGAGCAGAACGCUGUAACGUAGUCAAGCUGGUCCGAAGUCGGGAUAAGGAGAAUGCGUCAGGGUCGGAAACAAAGCCAGUAGUCAGCAACAGUAGACAGCCACAAAGACAGGAACGACACCAAGCCGAGUUUGGGAGCGAAGAGAUAAGCUGAGUUGAGUUCCAGUCCAAGGUCCAAGAGGUGAAGUCGUCACAAGAAGGUCCACGUCAUGGAAUGGCACAAAGAGCCAAGAUAACGGAGGCGAACAGCAGCUAAUGCAAAAUAAUAAUAACAGUGCAGUCCUUGGAAACCCACACAAUUCCAGCCCUCCAUUGCAGAAUAACCCGGAUCAAACUUACAUCUUUUGCAAAGUCCCAAGCCAGUCUUCAGAAUCACGUACAGGAAACCCAAUGGCGCCCAGCAACACCUUGCCACACGCAAAGCAUAAUGACCCAACACCCCCAAUUUAUUUAGGUUUCCUUGGGCAUCCAAACCUCUAACGCCCUUGGAUCAGGUGUCCCAAACCCCUCAUCAGAAUCUGAGCUCCAAACAGCCAACGCCCUUGGAUCAGGCAUCCCAAACUCCUCAUCAGAGUCAAGAUCAUCCUGCCCACACCCAACUCUAUCCACACCUGUGGAACUACCCUCAUUCCUCCAGGCAGACCAUGUGGGAUCUGCUUCUGAAGAUACCCAAGUUUCUCCAGCAUUUACAGCAUCCAUGGACCCAGAUUCCUCCCCAAGAUCCUCUGGAGCCCGCGCUCAAUCUAUGCCAACUUCCUCCAUCACCAUUGGUUCCUCAGCAUCCAUUUCCAGCUCAAGAUCCCCUCCCAAGUCCCCACAUGAAUCUUCCUCAGAAGACUCCUCAUCAAUCUCCCUGAUUCUCUUCCUGUAUAAAUCUUCCAGCGAGCCCUCCUUGCGAGGGUUCUUCCUUCCUCUCCUGCUCCCUCCAUUAUCACUCACAGCCUCAGAAGACUCAUUCACAACAAAGGGCUAAUAAAGGAUAGGAAUUAUCUAGGUACUGACAGACAUUAUUCAAGUAUUGAUGCGUCUUUGCUUCAAAUAUAAAACACUAUUCCAGAAAACUGGCACAUUAUAUGGCAAGAAUGUGUUUGGAGUAGCUAUGUUAAUCCUUAUACCCCCUUGCACAGUUUUUUUUAGAAUAUCUGUCCCUUUAGUUAGUUUGAGGUUUGCCCAUUGCUAAAUAGUUGGGUAAUGAGGAUGAAGAAUAGGAUACUGGCUAGAAAUUUCACAAAAACAAUGGUUGUUCGCAAAUGAAAAGAAAUACAUGAUAUUUUGUGUGGGGUUCCCAUUGGAAGGAAUUUAAGCAGUCCUUCUUACAGGUUAAGUUCCUAAAAUAAGCCUAUUAUUAUCUCUCGGUUCUCUGAUUUCUUCCAGUCCAUACCAUCAAAGAGCUGAGCUGGAUAGACUUGCAGAUGUGUGGAAUUCUCCUUCACCCCACCCAGCUGUGAAGAAUAUAUGAUUGGAAAGUUGAGAAAGAAGAAAAUGUUAUCACCUGGAUCUGAAAACAUGAGCCUUUGAUAUGGGUCUUGAGUAAUAUAACUUUCAUGAAAUCACAAAUUAAAGAAGGUACUACUUGCACCAGAUUAUGAGCUUGAAGUCCUGGUGUUUAUGAGAGACAGUGGCAAUAUCUGUGAUCUAGCAAACCAAGUGUGUUCAACAGGUGAUGAAUACCAAAACAAUGAUCUGCGUAGAAAAGGAUUCUUUCCAUCUUUCUCCAGAAGCAUGACAAAUUGUAAAUGGAUUUUUAAUGACCAAGAACUCAACAGACAGUGCUGUGUUAACAAGUACUCACAGAUUUUAAAAAAUUAUUCCUGAAUUUUGUUGCUGGACUGUAGCAACGCUUAUCUUUUGAAAGGACACACAGGAUUCUCUAAACAAUAUUGUUAGAAGUAGGAGAGAAAAUGUCCCAGGAACUUAAUCUCAGCUUACUUAAAGGCCUGGAGCAAAAGAUUAUUUUAGAAGUCCUGCAUCGUGAUGAAACAUUGAGAGAGGUAGAUGAAGAAAGAAUAAGGAACCUGAAACUGCAGCUGCAGCAGCUUCGCUGGAAGGGAGCAAAAAGCACAAGUGAUGUAAAUCAUGUGAAGUCGUGUGCCCGUUGCCAGAAGUCUCUUGGAAGGCUAUUCAACAGAGGUGCUGUAUGCAAUGGGUGCAGCCAGCAAGUUUGUUCUGGAUGUCGCAUUAUUCUGAAUCCCUCCUUGUGGAUGUGCACCAUCUGCUAUGCUUACGAGGAUAUGAAAGUGAAAACAGGAGAGUGGUUCUUUGAGAUCCGAACAAAGAAAUUCCCCACUGAAGGCAGACGUGCAACUGCUAGUGCAAAGCUCUUGAAAUAUUUUCAAGAACUAAGCAAUAUAUCAGUGGUCCCUCCAACUCCCCCUCCAUUUGCAGAGUCCACAAGUGGAAUUAAUACUGUGGAACUUGACCAGAAUAAAAGUUUCCAUAGAUCUAUGGAAAACCUGUUUCUGUCUUUAACUUCACAUAUCAGAAAAAUGUCAAAGUCCCAAAAUGAUAUGACAGCUGAGAAGAAUUUUCUAACAGCAACUUUUGGGCAGCAAAUAGAUUCAAUUAAGGAAAGGAGAAGCCUCUCUGACCCUGCUGUUGACAUUGCAUCCAAGGGAUUAAAGGAUGCCCCGAGUCUCCUUCAUCUGCUAACUGGAGAAGAAGACAGCAAUGGAACUGAUUCUAAAAAGACUUCUAGCGAAGAGUGCAGUCUGUCCAGUUCCACAAGUGAGGCUGUAUUUUCUGCAGGUGUAAGAAGUAAUAGUUUAUACAGCAUUAACAGCACAUGCACAGAGGCUGGCAACUUUGAGAGAGUAGAUGUCAGUGGUGAAAUAGAAUUUGCCAUUGCAUAUAUCUUCAGAACCGGGACUUUAGAAGUGUGCAUUAGUGCCUGCAAGAACCUGGCUUAUGGAGAGGAGAACAAGAAAAAAUGCAACCCGUACAUCAAGACUUGCUUGUUGCCUGAUAAGUCUCCGCAGAGUAAACGGAAGACCUCCAUUAAAAAGAACACACUGGAUCCAUUGUUCCGAGAAUCGUUUAAGUAUAAGGUUGAGUACUCGCAGCUGCAAACCCGACAGCUUCAGGUGUCUGUGUGGCACUCGGGAACAUUCAAGCGCCGAGUAUUCCUUGGAGAAGUGGUGAUCUCAUUUGAAUCUUGGGAUUUUGAAGAUAAUUCAACUCGAUCAUUUAACUGGUAUCAACUCCAAACAAAGCCUGAAAAAUCUGGAGAUAAUGUGGCUCUAUACAGUGGAGAACUCCAAGUCCGUGCAAAGUUGGUUUUACCUUCAGUAGGGAGAAAAGAAAAGGCACACCCUGAAUACCAACUUCAUGUUAUAAUACUUGGAGCCAACAACCUGCCCAAGAUAAGACCUGAUGGCCUAUUAAACCCAUUUGUUAAAGGCUGCCUGUGCCUCCAGGGACAAAAGGACGUAAGGCAAAGGACUCCUGUGCUGAAGAAGCAAACUCACCCACAGUGGAACCACCUGUUUGUGUUUAAUGGGGUCACCACAUCUCGGCUGCAGCAGUCUUCUCUAGACCUAACUGUAUGGGAUCAAGUAUCAUUUGGCUUACGCGAUCAGUUCUUGGGUGGAGCUCGGCUUGGAAAAUCAGGGAAUUCUAAAUUCCUCCCCAAACUGUAAACCCAAGGAUUCCAUGGAAUGAGGCCCUGGAAACUACGUAUUGAGCAUCACUGACCUAGGUAUGGCUUGCUACAGUAUAAAUCUGAUACAACUAUGCAGUGUGGAUAAGUUUCAGGUUCUCAAGUGUUCUCCUGUCUGGAACAUGAGGAUAACAAUUAUAUGCAGUAGACAUGUGGAAAAGGCUCUCUUUGUGCUUGUAGCUACAAGAAAAAAGAUUUUCUUCUAUGGAAAUGCGUGCUUAAAGCAUGGUUUGUGCAGCAUGGGGAGUGUCUAUGGUUUGCAUGUGGUCUGCUACUUAAUUUUAUCUGUCCUGUGAUCGUCCUUCUGACUCUCAGUGGGUUGAUCUAGAUCAGUGUUUCUAAACCUGUGGGUCCCCAGAUAUUUUGGCCUUCAACUCCCAAAAUUCCUAACAGUUGGUAAACUAGCUGAGAUUUCUGGGAGUUGUAGGCCAAAACACCAGGGGACCUACAGGUCGAGAACCACUGAUCUAGACUGAUCUCUUCCCUGUUCUCUGAUGAACAGCUAGGCUAAGUAGCAUUUGGAGGGAGUGGAAAGUUUCAAGUCUCCUCUCCCCAAUGAUCCUAAUGAAAACCACCCCCCUUUGUGCCUCCCCCCCACUGUUCUGAACAUUUGAUAACAGCUGAGUUGUGGUAAAAAGUUAUUCCCGUCUGGAUCAAGGAGACAAUUUUCACUUCUUUGGAGAGGCAGAAUAUAGAGGGUAGCUUGCCCUCAGCUAACUUAGCAAAGGGAAGAGGAGGAGAAAGUGGGAAAUAUUUCCUCUUCACAAUAGACUCCCAAUAGACCAGUGGUUCUCAACCUGUGGGUCCCCUGAUGUUUUGGCCUUCAACUCCCAGAAAUGCUAACAGCUGGUAAACUGGCUGGGAUUUCUGGGAGUUGUAGGCCAAAACACCUGGGGACCCACAGGUUGAGAACCACUGCAAUAGACUCAGAAACAACCUGUUGCACUCUCUCCUGGCUUUUGUCUUUCCUCCCUGGUUUUGAGAUUAAAUGUUAUAGGAUGCGUGGAGGUGGGGACACACUGUGUCUUAAAUUAAAGAAAUGGAGAACACAAAGGGCUAUCCUAUUGGUUCUUGGCACAGUUAUUUGACAAACCCUAUUACUAUUCUUCCUCCAGUCAGCACACAUCCCAAGAGGGAGUCCAUGUGGAAGUCAAGCCUCCCUAGUGAGAUUCAGCAUCUCCUUCCUGCAGCUUGUGCUAUGUUUUGAGAAUCACUGACCUACUUGUGACUUGCUGAAUUAACCCAUUGUCUACUCCAUGAUUGUUCCUUGUUCUGGCUCUCCUGCAGAACGGCCUCCUCCUUGGCAAACUAGCAAAGGAAAAAGGAACACUGACAUGCCAUUAGCAACACUAAUUGGAACAGCCUUCAGCUUGUUUGGUAUCCUGCUGGGCACUCUCUCUGUGACAAUCCAUGCUUUCCCCACUGCCAAAGACCCAUCUAGUUAAAAACUGGUCAGACACAAAGCCUUUACAAUUGAACCAUUUCACUGCUGCAAACCCAGUUAUGUAGUUUGCCUAACAUCUGAGAUGAUUUAAACAAAAUGUGAAAUAUAUCUGUUAAUUGGGCCGUAGCAGCUACAGCAAUAUGUUUGUACUGUAGGAGAAUGUAUGGUUCACACAUUUAUUUGGCUAGUGACCAAGAAAAGGCCAAAAUACUACAGCAUAGCAUAUGUGUCUUGCUGGUGGAAUUAUGCUAUGGCUCCCUGCACACAAACCCUAGUACUUGUGUUUUUGCUGUGAUGGCCUCUGGAAUUAUUAUUUUCCCUCAUCACAUAGAAAUGCCAGUUCUUUUGAAAUGUAUUGGGGUAGAAAUCAGUCUUAGUUUUCUUUUCCCUUCUCAGUUUACAUGUAAGCAUUAAACACAGAAACUGAUAGAAUUCUUAGCUUAGAUAUGUGCUGUCUGAUAACCAUCAUGGUGACUCCCUUGAGAUACUCUAAUAGUGAAAAUCUACAUAUAAUACCUCAUUGAAUUAUAAAGGCAUAUAUUGGUGCAGAAUACAAAGUUUUUCCGAGGAAAAUCAGAGUAAUUAAAUGGGCAGAAACACGAUUGCUCAUUCUCACUUUCUUCUG